AUGACGGAUAAGCGCCGCAAAUGCCACAACACGGUAUCCAAGGCACAACGUUUAAAGAGCCGCAAGAAGAACUUCCUUCGGCAGACACAACUGACUGUGAAUAUCACAGUCACAGCUGCAAGCACCCGCGAAGUGGCGGCAGGGCAAGAGGCCCCCCGAGGCGAAGCGGCCGGGAGGGGACUGCGGGGGUGUGCAGGGGUCGGGCCGCCCUCCCGCCGCUCGGGGAACUGUCAUCGGCCGGACAGUGCUGAACGCUGCCGGCCCCGCGUUCCGCCCCACGGGUGCGCUGCUGCCUCCGCCCCACGGACAUCCUUAGCCACACGUUUUGCCCAAGAGAGUUUUGGAAAACAGUACAAACAAACCAUAGGACUGGACUUCUUCUUGAAAAGGAUACUUUUGCCAGGAAAUUUGAAUGUUACUCUUCAAGUGUGGGAUGUAGGGGGGCAAACAAUAGGAGGCAAAAUGCUGGAUAAAUAUAUUUAUGGAGCUCAGGGUGUUCUCUUGGUUUAUGAUAUUACCAACGGCCAGAGCUUUGAAAACUUAGAAGACUGGUAUAAUGUGGUAAAAAAAGUGAAUGAAGACUCAGAAACACAGCCACUUAUGGCCUUGGUUGGGAAUAAAAUUGACUUGGAGCAUAUGCGUAUGGUGAAAGUUGACAAGCACCAACGAUUUUGUCAGGAAAAUAAUUUCAGUAGCCAUUUUGUAUCAGCCAAGACAGGAGAUUCUGUCUUCCUGUGUUUUCAGAGAAUUGCUGCUGACAUACUUGGCAUCAAAUUAAACAAAGCAGAAUUGGAACAGUCACAGAGGGUGGUGAAGGCAGAUAUUGUCAACUACAGUCAGGAGCCUGUGACAAGAACCGUAAAUCCUCCAAGAAGCUCUAUGUGUGCAGUUCAAUGACCAUGCAAUUCUCCUCUGUUUGGAUACCUUUGGAGGUCCUCCUACCUUGAUACAGGCUCUGGGAAUACAAGAAACUUUUUUUAACAGUGACCAUCCCAACAAUGCAAUUAGAGGUUUCACAAAUGUGUUGCACCAUUACAUGCUGAGAAGCAGCAGGCAGUUUUUUGACUGGUCAAAAUUUAAACAUGAGACACACUUUGAAAAAUUAAGAUCUAUAUUAUUUUAAAUUGUUUAAAUAAUGCAGUAUAACUGUGUUUCUGUGUUUCCUCCUAUUUAUUUGACUGAUAUUGGAAUAAAAAUGGAUGAAGAAACCCUGCAUUCAAAAUACUUUUAA